AACUAUAGGAGGUAAACGAAAAGGCAAACAGAAAUUCUAUCUAAACAGUUUACAUCAAUUUUAGUUGUGGUAGCAUCUUUUAUAGGAGUUGGGGUGGAGGAAUGGGGGCUUUUCACGUAGUUGUGCCCAGACACAAGCCUUAGUUAAAGUCCGUCCAUGCCAACACUUAGUGGUCAACAAAUUCGAAGAGUUGGAUUUUUCAUCUGAGCUAAAUCGUCUUUGGCAACUUCAUGAUACAGCCGAAGAGUGUAGUAUAACUUUAAAAGGUAAUCCAUACAGUCCUGACACGUGUGAAGACUGGGCACACAAAGAGUCACUGUAUGCCCCGUCGGUACCGCGACGUCAGUGUCUCCGUCUCUGAGCCGAGCUGGUCGGGGCCAGCAGCAACGUCACUGCCUGGCAGCGGCAUCAGAGCAGCGCGGACGGCUUCCAGAGCAGUAGCAGCGCAGCAGCGCCGAGCCUAGCGGAAGAGGACAGCGGCGGGACACGUUGUCUGUAGGGCAGCUCGCCUCAGAGCCUAAGUAAAAACCCCACAUCUCAAGAUUCAAGCACGCCAAAGAUGGUGAUUACCAGCGUAGCAUCCCUCAGAUGUACUUCACCGGCUGUGGACACAGAGAGCAGAUGUUUGCAUUGAAGACGAGCGCGCUUGGAGAGGAGGUAGUAACAGGUGCAGCGUGCCAAGGUGAAUUUGGAGGUGUGGAAGAGAGCUGAAGAUCAUGGGGAAAUCAAACAGCAAGCUCAAGCCAGAAGUGGUGGAGGAGUUGACAAGAAAAACCUACUUCACAGAGAAAGAAGUACAGCAGUGGUACAAAGGCUUCAUCAAGGAUUGUCCCAGCGGCCAGCUGGAUGCUUUGGGUUUUCAGAAGAUAUACAAGCAGUUUUUUCCUUUCGGAGACCCCACCAAGUUUGCUUCCUUCGUCUUUAAUGUAUUUGAUGAAAAUAAGGACGGACGAAUUGAGUUCUCCGAGUUCAUCCAGGCCCUGUCAGUGACCUCCAGGGGGACUCUGGAUGAGAAGCUCAGAUGGGCCUUUAAGCUGUAUGAUCUCGACAAUGACGGCUACAUAACUCGUGAUGAAAUGUUAAACAUUGUAGAUGCUAUAUAUCAAAUGGUGGGAAACACUGUGGAGCUACCGGAGGAAGAAAACACACCAGAAAAGAGAGUGGACCGUAUUUUUGCAAUGAUGGACAAGAAUGCAGAUGGGAAGCUGACUCUGCAGGAGUUUCAGGAAGGGUCAAAGGCAGAUCCUUCCAUUGUUCAGGCAUUGUCACUCUAUGACGGACUUGUGUAGAAAUAUAAGCUAGCUCCGAUCGCGUCCAUGUAUUACGACGCCGCUCUCCAUCUUCAGCGUAGUGAUUAUCCGUUUCGCAACUUUUUCAGAGGGGUCCGACAGCAUCCUUCUGCUUUUUGCAUGCCAACGCCGUUCCUUCACAUCCUGAUCAACCCAAAAGGGAGAAUUAUAAACUUUCAUUGUCCAAUUGUUUGCGUUCAUUCGCAAAAAAAGGACAUCAAACACAAAAUUCUUCUGAUGUAACGAGGAAUGCCUGCCCUCACCCUCAGUCAUUGCCCAGUGCUGUGCAGCGCAGCAGCGUUGUGGACUGUGUUCAAAUGUUUCUGUGUUCUGGGAGCGAAGUGCCGGACAAUCCGAGGAACAGGAUCCCUCAAUGAUGCUUGCGAUCUUCUCGUCGAAACGCCGUAAAUCACCAGAGCAGCUCAGAGGGACUGUGCUGCUGCCGCGGCUGCUUCACCUCCACAUUGAGAUACUUUAAAUCUCUGGAAAUAAUGUGUUGCAAACACUAACUUAAAAGCUACAAAGCAGUUAUAGUGUAUAUAUUAUAAUGUAAAUACAAUGGUAAUUUAUUUUCUGCUUUGCUGCAUUUAUGAGACUUUUCUCAUAAAUAUAGAACAAUUAUUUAAUUUUUUUUAUCAAAGGUGUCGAAAUGUAUUGCACUGUAUUUUUCCUUACCAUUGUUGGAGCGUUCUUUUUCUCCCUUUCCCAGGUUAGUUCUCCUGAGAGAAGAGGAAUGUUUAAGUAGCGCAGAGUUUUCUAUGGAUGAUUUUUAUUGCGUUUGCUGUCUGUGCACCCCGUUGUGUUUUAAUCCUCCCCCCCAUUAGCAUGAGUGUGUCCUGUUGACCCUGUUGCACAACUGCAUCCUGAAUGACACAACGGAGAGCAUUCCCGCAGCUUUACAUCAGAAUUGAGGCUGAGCAAUUUUUUUAUUUUUUAUUUUUUUCUUCUUGAGAGUGCUGCACUCCACCCUUGGCAACACAAAGCCCCGGUCGCUGAGAUGCGCAAACAAGACGUCAGUUUUGGUUGUAAAGCUUUUAAGAUCGCCUUGGUUGCAAGUGUCUACAUGAUAUUUGCAAUGUGUGAGGCCAGAGCAUGUGAUUCUUCCUUUUUUAUAUAUUUGGAUUAUUUAUUUUAGAACAUUUUUGGUGUUUGAUCUGAUUCACUAAUAGUUGUUUGCCUUAUGCGGAUUAUAAUUUACUAGAUUAUGAUUGUUAUUUAUCUGUUAAACAGUGUAAGAGCACGGAAUAAAAUGCAUUUAAGUGGCUAAUAUUUAUAUUUCUGUAUUUUACUUUGGAAUGAAUCGAAAAGUGUUUAAUUUUUUUAUAGAGAAGUAUUUGGGAUGCAUUUAAGGGACAGCUUUGUGGAUUAACUUUUGUUCAAAUGUAGAAUUUCAAAUUACCUUGAUUAUAUUCCUAUUUGGAAAAUAUCACUCAAGUUCGCACAGAUUGCGUUAAGGCAAAAAAUACGGGACAUGUUCUGGGUUCAGUAUUCCACUGUGUAACAUCACAUUAUAAGAAGUGUCAUGUUAAGCUUUAGUGCCUGUUAUUGCUUUGCAACACAGAAUCUGAUGUGCCAGCUUACUAAACCUGCACUGUACGAUUAAUGAACAAUGAAGUACAUGAAACUGUGGCAUGUGGCAGUGAUGGAUGAAUUAAUGCCGCCUGGCGGCUUUUGAGCCUCUCGGCCUCGCUGGGAUUGAGUCACUUUCUGUUCUUUUUUUCUCAUCAAAGACCGGUGCAUGACACACCAAAAGGAAGAAAUGUCCAGAUUUAUGACUGUUCUGUCAUUUAAAGUCCAAGCCUUUUGUAUUUGUAGCAUGUGAUACUAAAAAGUGCAGUAAAACACGAGUGUGUUUGAAAGUGAAGCACCAGCCUCGUGUUUGGAAAAUGAACUGGCUCUCCACCACAUGCUUUGCAGGAAAACAGUCACCUGUUUACAUUCAUGUAAUGCUGGAGCUGUUCUCGAUAUGUGCAUUGUGGCUCACUAACAACGGCGCCACAGCUAAUGGGGCAGCAAGAACAUUUGCAAGUAAGUCUUCUUUUGCCUAUUUGCAUUAUUUAGUCACUAUCGAAAAUCAAUUUAUUCUGUGCUAAACUAAAGUGCUCCAUUUUACAUUAUGAUAUAGUAAAAUAAGUCCAUGCAAAAUGUGAUCGGCAGCUAGCCUAGCCUGCCAUUGAUUUUUAUUUUUUUGGGGGGGCUUUUAAUCGGUGCAGCCAUCCUAUAUACCAAAUGUACCAGAUAUGCUCUGUUGUUUCAAAAUUAUUGCUGCUGCAACUCAAAUGUCACAGCACUUUCUACACUAUCCUGAUUGUUUUCUUAUCUAAGGAUAUUUGAGACUUAAACUAAAAUUUAUUUUACUUCCUAAUCAAUUUUUCUAAUAAUUAUCAGAUUACUUAGGAGCAUUGAAAUUGCAUGUUUGUAGAGCCAUUUCAGCCUUCUAAUGUGGAAAUAAAAACGAGGCAGUGAUGUCAAGGCUAAAGCAACGGACUCAGAUCCUGAUGCAGUUGGAAUAUGUGGAUCCCAAACAAUUUAUCUCUAUACAUGUGUACUUCUGCUUUUAGUUUUUGUCCAUUUCAGAGCAGGAGUGCAUCAAAAGUGUCGUACAUGCAUCAACUGUGUGACAAGAGUUGGAUGUUCCAGCACACAUGUCCUCUAGCAUACAUUUUGAUGCGUGUCAGAUUCAAGGUGGCUUCUAUGAGGGUGAGCUGGGCCAGUCCUGAUGCAGCAAAU